AGUUUUAAUUCGAAGCUAAUAAAACUUAAAUUUAAAAUUAAAACUAUUUUGGUUAAAAAGUGGGAAAAUAAAAUUCACCACUUAUUCACUGAAACGCACUCUGUAAGGUUAGAACCCUAAACACGGCACAGCACACAGAGCCUCCGUCUCCGUCCACCGUCAUCCGCUUCACAACCGCCGGUCAUCGGGUUUUACGAUCAAAUGGCUCUGCGGGGAAUUUGGCAACUUAAGAAGCUUGUUGUUAGUUAUAGCGAUUGGGGUGGAAGUAGCAAAGGUAUAAGGGCAUUUAUGGAGUCUCAUAUGCCAGCGUUUAAGGAGUCGACUCCUCAGUUAGAGGUGGCCACUGAAAUGAUUCGUGGUCAGCAUCCACAUCUAAAGGCUUUUUACAAGAACCAUAACGAUCGAGUGGUGUGUGUGAAGAAUAUGGAUCCAGAGGAGAUACUUCUGCAUGCUACCAGGCUGAGGAAUGCACUCGGAAGGAAAGUAAUAAAACUGAGGACACGGCAUGUAACCAAACACCCUAGUGUGCAAGGGUGACCUGGAUGCAAAUAUGGUGGAAGCAAUGGCAACCCGGCAUAUUCAGCUGCAGGACUCAUCAGAGUUAGAGCAGACUUCAAGAUUCAAAACACGAAUCAACUUUCAUUCGUGUUUAGAGGACAAUUCGAGUCUAUAUACUAGCACAACAAAAUAAGUACAUGCUUUAAAAAAAUAGUACCAACAAUAUCUGGUAUCAUGCGUCCGUCGGAAAACCUGCCGGAAGGAUAUUUGAAGAAAGUUUGUCCAUAAGGAGGAUAAUUAGCUUGAUAAUCUGUGGUUGUAUUGAUGUAGUUGUUGUUUCCAUUAUCAAAUAGAGAAUCUCCAAAUAUGAAUAGUGUACCAUGUUUCUUGGGCAAGCAUGUCAUGAUCAUGCUAUUGCUAAAACA